CAAAGUCAUAGAAAAUAAAGAAGGCUUUAACCGCUUUUUAAAUUUAAGCUUUUUUAUAAAAACGCCACUUUGUAGAGCUUUGUAAGUCUAUUUAUUUUUUAAGAGUAAGACCAUUAGUCUAUACUUAAUACCGCACAAGUACGCGGAGACUGAAAGUCUGAAUUGGCCCAGUUUUGUACUUCACCAAGUCAAAACAAAUUAAAUAAAUAAACAAAUAGUAUAUAUAUAUAUAUAUAUAUAUAUGUACAUAAGUAUAUCACACGUAUAUAUAAAAUGUGCUUUCACGAGAUAUACAGGCAUACAUAUAUUCGCCACUUGCCACCCAACCCAAAACUAAUAGUACGUAACUUUUUACACCUACGGACAUAACUACGAGACUCAUUUACAGAAUGACUCGUUUCUCGGCCAAUCGCGCACAUGCGGAAGUACGCGCUGAUCAAUUCACGGUUCUAUGCCGGUUAUGCGGCGGAGCGCAUGGCAUUCGACUAUGCCCCUUUUACCGCGGCAAAGCGGUCGAAGCAAGGCUGCGUGCAGUCCUGCUGCAUAAAUAUUGCCCAAACUGCCUCUCGCCGUUCCACCGCCUCGACAUGUGCAGCAGCACGGAUCGAUGCCACCGAUGUCGCGAAAAGCAUCACACCUCGCUCCAUCUCGAUGACUGCGAAGACCAAAGGCACCCAGCGAACGCGAUCAACGACGGCGAGAGCUCGGACGGGGCACUCUCUAUCGACGUUACGGAGCAGACGAAGUCGUGGGCGCAGCAGGUCGAAGAGGAGGAGUUAGAGGGGUCAGAGAGGACAGACUCUUCCCCACAUGAGCGACAAAAGCGCAACUCUGGAACUGGCACACCGAGACCGUUAGACAAGUUACAACCACGCGCGGGCGACGCGGAAACUCGUUCUUUCCGCUCGCCAACGCGUGCACAACACAACUGGCGCGACGCGGAAACUCGUCCUUUCCGCUCGCAAACGCGUCAGCAACACAACUGGCGCGACGCGAAAACCAGUCCUUUCCGCCCGGCAUCACGAUCGCAACGCAAGCCAAAACGACACGACGGCGCGGAAACUCGUACUUUCCGCUCGUCUAAGCGAUCGUCUAGGCUACGCAAAGCAGCACCAUACCACAAAACGCGCACAAACGACAGCAACAUCAAUAGUCGUGCCUUACAACGCGCUCCACCGACCGGCUUCCGAACGGGCCGCCUAGUGCAAAGCGCCAUAUCAACGCCGAUCAUUCGUGCGCUUAUCCCCAUCGCGCCGACCGCAAUAGUGCGGAUUGAAGCAAGGGGCCGCCUUCAUUUGGUUCGCGCAAUGAUUGACCCUUGCGCACCAAACUCAUUGGUUGAUUCGGAACUGGUGAGAGAUCUCCAACUGGAACGCAACGGAUCCGGACGUCUGCAGCGUUGCACGGUCACCAUGCGAGGAAGAUACAGCAGCUCCGACCGCAUUACGACCCAAGCAGUCGUGCUGGACCACCAUAUACGUCUGAGUCCACCGUCGAACCUGGACCCUAAGGUUGCGGCCCCGUUCCAGUUCAUGCGCUUG